CCGAGAUCCCAUGGAGUUUGAUACGACACUUCGAUUUUGAUCGAAUUCGGAAUGAAAUGAUUAUUAUGUAGGAUGACAUCAUCUGCAGCUAACAGUGGCUAGGGAUUUUACAUGCAUUAGAUUGACUGCAUCAGUAAAUAAAACUUUGGCGCUCGUGGCAGAGAUGGCCGCGAUCCGUUUUAUCAACUCCCCGACUUGUCACGGGUGUACCUACGUGAAAUUGAAAAAUGAAAAAUGAGGGAAUAACUGAGAAUUCAGAACGAGUGACUGAAAAUCAUGACAGUAGGGAAGUCAUCCACUGAUUAUCGUUGAUCAUAAAUUGUAGGUAGUAGGUGAGACCUGCUUUAACAAAAUAUUUCACUCUGACGUUUACCAAAAUGGCUCUGGAGGAGAACGAAAACACUUGGGUUCUAGAGCUGGAAGCGGCGCUUUUGGAUACCGAGGUACCCUCGGCCUCCGAUAUUUACGUAAUCUGUAAGGGUCAGUCAGUACCGGCGAACCUCAGACCCGACGUUUGGCAGGCGUGCCUCGACGUCACCGACAGGGGAAAUCAACUGAUACAUUUUAACGAAGUGUUCGACCUCGCUGAGCAGAAUGUCAUCAGGGAGGACUGUCAGCAGCUUGUUGGUAAGCUUGGUAACGACGACGAAGACAAAGUAUCUGUCCUCUCCGACCUAGAAUCCAUCCUGACAUUCUACUGCAAAAGUAGAGGAAAGUCUUAUGAGAGGGGAAAUGGUUGGCUGGAGCUUCUGGGGCCACUGGUAGCCCUGAAAUUGCCUCGUUCAGCCACAUACAACUUAUUCGAGGCCAUAAGAGACGUGUACAUCCCCAGGGGUGAGACGAGCAGCGCAGUCCUGAGACUCCUUUUGCUGUAUCACGAGCCAGAAUUGUGCUCCUUCCUCGACACCAAAAGAGUAUCACCAGAUCAAUACACCAAGGGCUGGGUCAAUACCCUGUUUGCAGGGGUCUGCUCUCUCCCUGCUGUCUGUACAAUGUGGGAUCUGUACUUCAUGCAGGCUGAUCCUUUCUUCAUGAUGUUCCUCUCAUUAAUCAUGGUGAUAAACGCCAGAGAACAAAUUCUCAGCAUGAAGGAGGAGGACAAGCAGAGCAUUGUGGACACUCUCUCGGCAAUGCCCUGUGCCCUAGAGGCCGAAGACGUAACCGACUUCUGCUCUCUCGCUCAGUACUACGCCAUGAAGACGCCGACCUCCUUCAAGCAGGAUCUCUAUUCAAUAAUGUUCGGCGAAGGGGGUGACGAGAAAUUCAUUUCCCAUGCGUUGUGUUUGCCGGUGUCAGCUCAGGAACUCGUAGAGAACUCUGUGGAGGCUCCGGUGGCCUCUGGAGGGCCCAUGGAAUCCGUGACGUUCUUCCUCGUCGACUGCCGACCUGCCGAGCAGUACAACGCUGGACAUCUAGCCACAGCCUUUCACCUGGACUGCAAUCUUAUGCUUCAGGAGCCAGCUGCCUUUGCCACUGCGGUCCAGGGACUUCUUCAGGCUCAGAGGCAGGCACUGGCGGUGGGCUCCAAUGCUGGAGGGGAACACCUCUGCUUCCUGGGGAGUGGCAGGCAGGAAGAGGACAGAUAUACUCACAUGGUUGUGGCUUCGUUCCUUCAGAAGCAUACGCAGUACGUCAGUAUGGUGGCCAAUGGAUAUCAAGCAAUUCACGAAUAUUUUGGUGACGAAGUUGUCUCAAAUCUCGUAGACCACAACUCCCAGCAUUGUCUGGUAUGCAAUGCAAAUUUAUCAGAGGAUAAUUCCAACGACGUGAGCCCUGUCAAAGUGAAGAACAAUAAUUCAGACUUAUUUGGUAAAAUUGGACUGGCGAUGAAGCUGAAGAGCCAGGAGGUGAAAGGAAAGCUCUUUGAUUACAUCGUCAACACUUCUGCGAACGAUACCACGACUGAGAAGAAGAACAGCGAGCCCAGAAGGUCCAGACAUACAGCACCAGUAUUCAGCAUAGACGAUGAUCACGAUCCUGAUGUUGUCAUGAGCACUCCAGAGAGUGAGGAGCCGGUCGAGGUGGUUUCCAUCCAGCAGUGGCUGAAGGACCCACAGCUUCUAUAUUCCUUCAAGUGCCAGGAGGUUAAAGUUAAUGGAUAUGUUUAUGACAGCCACCUUCUAGUGACCGACAGUCACCUGAUAGUCCUUCGAGAAAUCCCAGGCCGUCGGGAUGCAGCCCAUGUGAUAGUGAAACGUCCCCUAUCGACAAUCGUGAAAAUAACGUCUCGAAAACGUCACCCAGACUUGAUAACAUUCAAAUACGGCAGUGCAACACAGUACAAUGAGAAUCCAGUAAUAACUGACAUGGACAGAUUUCUUAUACCAAAUGCCAGUGAAGCAACUAAAAUGAUUUCCCAGCAGAUUCUCAAGCAAUUGCAAAAUUCCGACUAAUGUGAGUGAUCCAAUAAUUCUGAUUUAUUUUCGUUUUUCUUAAUCACAAAGGAUUUUUUUUCGAAUUCGUUAUACACCGGGUACUUACAAUUUUUCAAUUUACUGCAUAAAUUUAUAGGAGAUUUUUUGAAUAAAGUGAGGGAAGUGUUAAACGUCCAUUUAUUAAAAUCAAGUGCCAUUAAACAAGAAAUCGAGGGAAUUCGUACUGUACGUAUUCGUAAUUUUAUUUCACAACUCGUUCUUGGACAGCUCUGUCGAUAAAUUUAUUUCACUUUGUUUGCUAUUAUGAUUGGAAUUAUGGGCUGAAGGGGUUUAGGUCAUGGUAAAACCUGUCGCUGAAUUAAUUAUAAUAAUUAUAAUUAUCUCAGGGAGAUGUGAAUAUGAGAGAAAAUUUAAUGAGAUUUUUACUAGCGCCCAUCAUGUUUCACCACUUCAACACAAUAAAUCACAUAUAUUCUUGACUUUUCAUUCUGUAAUCUUGAGGCAUGUCAUGAGGUCAUCAACCUCAUGUCUAAAAAUUUCUUAUGAAGAUUGUUUAUCUUAUUUUUUCACUUCUGUGCUUCCAACUCCCAAAAUUUCAAAAAUAAUUGACAAAAAAAUGACGACCAUGCUUGAAAACUCCAAGAAAAUUGGAGAGGCUUGAUGUCAUGUUUUCGGAAGUCAUGAGAGACAAUUCUAAUCAUUAACUAGGGGAAGAGAUUCGUGGAGACGUGGGUGAGGCGAGUACCUCCCAUUUGUUAUUGAUAAAUUUUAUAUUAAAGUCACAGUGUAAGAUAUACUAAAAUAAUUAUUUAUAAAAUCUUGGAGAAUCAUUGUUAUCUUUGAAAUUCUCAUUAAUAAGAUCCGGCGACUAAUGAAGGAAGGCAUGAAGUUGCCAUUAAUUACCCAAGAAGAUUCAUUUUACAAGCGAUUGAACCAACGAUCAUUGAAUUAAUUACCGAAAAAAAACCAGAAACUGCGAAAUCAAAGAAUAAUCAAAUAUAGACCAAUUAAUUGUUACUGUCUAUUUCAUCUGAGGUGGGGGAGGAUCAGAGCUUUUUUACAAUAAAAAUUAUGAGGAAGUUUCCUUGAUAGUUUCCUCUUCGCCGACUCAUUCUCGCAAUUAAUGUGCUAAUUAUAAAAACUCGUUUGCUUCGAGUCGUCAGGUGUAGUCGAUCUCUUGGUAGUAGUUCAAUAUAAAAACGUAAAAAUACGAUGUAAAGUGAAUCUUCUUGUACUCUCGACUAUGUACAUAACGAAAUAACAAAUUAUAUGACUGUACGAUAGUAGAUGAAUUAUAGUAAUAAUAUAAAUAAAAGAGAGCAUAUUGCAACGGAUGUAGAUAGCA